UUACCUCUCUCAUCAGCAGAUGCUAUGUUUCAGAUAUGUCUCUAAUCACUCCAUAUUUCUGAACCAAGGUAUGGUUUUGAGCUCAAACACUGAAGGUGAUAUCAGGCUGGUGCAUGGGCCAAAUCGCUGCAGUGGGAGAGUUGAAUUGUUCCAUGAUGGCAAGUGGGGCACUGUUUGUGAUGACAGCUGGGACAUCAGGGAAGCCAGAGUUGUAUGCCAGCAGCUGGGCUGCGGAAAUGCAAUAUCGGCCCCAGGUGGACCACGAUUUGGAAGAGGAACUGGGAAGAUCUGGCUGGAUGAUGUCCAAUGCACAGGGACAGAGUCAGCCCUCAGACAAUGCCCAGCGAAUUCUUGGGGGAACCAUAAUUGUAAUCAUGAAGAAGAUGCUGGUGUGACAUGUUCAGAUCAUCUCAGACUGGUAAAUGGCCCACAUCACUGCAGUGGGAGAGUCGAGAUUCGGCCUCCCCAGACAGAGCAGUGGGGAACCGUAUGUGACCGCACCUGGGACAUAAAUGACACUGAAGUUGUCUGCAAGCAUCUGGGCUGUGGAGAAGCUAUAUCGGCCCCAGGUGGUGCUCAUUUUGGACCUGGAUCAGGUUUCAUCUGGUUGGAUGAUAUUAACUGCAAUGGCACAGAAAACACCAUUGUGGAAUGCAGAGCAAAUACCCAGGGGAACAACAGCUGUCACCAUGGGCAAGACGCAGGAGUUGUUUGUUCAGAGGAACCUUCAAGGCCCACAGAAUACCCUACAUCAGAGGAACCUUCAAGGCCCACAGAAUACCCUACAUCAGCUACUCUAUGGAAAUGGACAUUUGCAUGGGAACACUUCUACUCAGAACACCCUACCUCUGCUGUGGGUUUGGUCUCAGACCCUGAAAUUGAGAUCAGGCUGGUUGAUGGUCCGAAUCAAUGCAGUGGGAGAGUGGAAUUGUUCCACAAUGGCCAGUGGGGCACCGUUUGUGAUGACAACUGGGACAUCAAGGAAGCCAGAGUUGUGUGCCAGCAGCUAGGCUGCGGAAAUGCAAUAUCGGCCCCAGAUGGAUCACGAUUUGGAAGAGGGACUGGGAAGAUCUGGCUGGAUGAUGUCCAAUGCACAGGGACAGAGUCAGCCCUCAGACAAUGCCCAGCGAAUUCUUGGGGGAACCAUAAUUGUAAUCAUGGAGAAGAUGCUGGUGUGAUAUGUUCAGGUGUGGGUUUGGUCUCAGACCCAGAAGUUGAGAUCAGGCUGGUUGACGGUCCGAAUCAAUGCAGUGGGAGAGUGGAAUUGUUCCAUGAUGGCCAGUGGGGCACCGUUUGUGAUGACAACUGGGACAUUGAGGAAGCCAGAGUUGUGUGCCAGCAGCUGGGCUGCGGAAAUGCAAUAUCGGCCCCAGGUGGAUCACGAUUUGGAGGAGGAACUGGGAAGAUCUGGCUGGAUGAUGUCCAAUGCACAGGGACAGAGUCAGCCCUCAGACAAUGCCCAGCGAAUUCUUGGGGGAACCAUAAUUGUAAUCAUGAAGAAGAUGCUGGUGUGAUAUGUUCAGAACUCAGGCUGGUGAAUGGCUCAAGUCGCUGCUCUGGGAGAGUUGAAGUUCUCCAUGAUCAGCAGUGGGGGACCGUGUGCGAUAAGGGCUGGGGCCUUCAGGAGGCUGAAGUCAUCUGCAGGGAAGUGGGCUGUGAUUUGCCUUUAAAAGCCAAUUCAAGGGCGUGGUUUGGACAGGGAACAGGACCCAUCUGGAGGGAUGAUGUAAACUGUACAGGAAAUGAAACUUAUUUCAGUCAGUGCCCAUCAAGUCCUUGGGGAAACAAUACCUGCCUUCAUGAAGAAGAUGCUGGUGUGGAGUGUGCAGACCUCAAACUCAGACUGGUGAAUGGGACAAGCCACUGCUCUGGGAGAGUUGAGGUGUUCCACAGCCAGGAGUGGGGGACUGUGUGUGAUGAUAUCUGGGAUUUCAUGAGUGCCCAAGUCGUGUGCAGGGAACUUGGCUGUGGAAUAGCCUUGGCAGCCCUCAAAGAAGCUCACUUUGGAAGAGGACAUGGUCACAUCUGGUUGAAUGGUGCCAGAUGUACGGGGAAUGAAGCUACCCUGAAAGACUGCCAGCUUAACAGAUGGGGAUCACAUACAUGCAACCAUGGAGAAGAUGCUGGUGUUGUGUGCUCAGAACUUAGGCUGGUGAACGGCUCAAGUAACUGCUCCGGGAGAGUUGAGGUGCUCCACAACCAGCAGUGGGGGACCAUAUGUGAUAAGAACUGGGACCCUAAAGAGGCUGAAGUUGUCUGUAGGCAGAUGGGCUGUGGUGUACCUUUAGGAGUCCAUACAAGAGCUUGGUUUGGAGAGGGAACAGGACCCAUCUGGAGGGAUGACCUAAACUGUGAAGGAACUGAACCUCUCCUUAGUCAGUGCGCAGCAAGCCCUUGGGGGAACAAUACCUGCCAUCAUGGGGAAGAUGCUGGUGUUGAGUGUGCAGUCCCAGUGGGCUUAAGGUUGGUUGGUGGCUUCCAUCGGUGUUCUGGAAGAGUGGAAGUUCUUCAUUUUGGGCAAUUUGGAACUGUGUGUCAUGAUGGAUGGGACCUUAAUGAAGCCACAGUUGUGUGCAGGCACCUUGAUUGUGGAACACCCAUAUCUGCCCCACAUGGAGCUCAUUUUGGACAAGGCUCUGGUCAUAUUUUGCUGGAUGAUAUGCAGUGUACAGGAACAGAAAAAUCCCUCUCUGAUUGCCAGAGCAGGCCUUGGGGAAGCCAUGACUGUAGCCAUGGAAGUGAUGCUGCAGUUGUAUGUUCAGAUGAUGUCAGACUUGUAAAUGGAUCCAAUCGCUGCAGUGGCAGAGUCGAGGUUCGGCCACCCCAUAGAGAGCUGUGGGGAACUGUGUGUGAUCGAACUUGGGACUUGGAUGAUGCUGAUGUUGUAUGCAAACAAUUGCGCUGUGGAAAAGCUAUAUCAGUCCUAGGUGGAGCUCAUUUUGGAAGUGGAUCAGGUUCCAUCUGGUUGGAUGAUGUUAACUGCAAAGGUACAGAAGAUACCUUCAUAAAAUGCAGAGCAGAUACCCAGGGGGACAACAGUUGCCAUCACAGGCAAGAUGCAGGAGUGAUUUGUUCAGGUUUGGAUGUGGACACUGCAGGCUCAAGACAAGUUGAGGUCAGACUGGUGAAUGGUUCAAGUCGCUGCAGUGGAAGAGUUGAAUUGCUCCGUAAUGGUCAGUGGGGCACCGUUUGUGAUGACAGAUGGGACAUCAAGGAAGCUAGAGUUGUAUGCCAGCAACUGGGUUGUGGAGCUGCAACAUCAGCCCCAGGUAGAGCACAUUUUGGAAGAGGAGAUGGCCCCAUCUGGCUGGAUGAUCUCAGGUGCACAGGGACAGAAUCUGACCUCAGUCAAUGUCCAGCAAAGCCUUGGGGACAAAAUGACUGCCACCAUCGAGAAGAUGCUGGUGUUGUGUGUUCAGGGCUGCCUGCACUCUCCCUAUUCAAUGAGACUUCUACACAUGACUGCAGUGGGAGAGUGGAAUUGUUCCAUAAUGGCCAAUGGGGCACCAUUUGUGAUGACAGCUGGGGCACUGAGGAAGCCAGAGUUGUAUGCCAGCAACUGGGCUGUGGAGCUGCAACAUUAGCCCCAGGUGGAGCACGAUUUGGAAGUGGAGCUGGGAGAAUCUGGCUGGAUAAUGUCCAGUGUACAGGGACAGAAUCAACUCUCAGUCAAUGCCCAGCAAGGCCUUGGGGGGAACAUGACUGCAGCCAUGGAGAAGACGCCGGUGUUGUCUGCUCAGGGUCAAUCACAACGGAAAUCAGAUUGGUGAAUGGUUUGAGUCACUGCAGUGGGAGAGUGGAAUUGCUCCAUAACAAUCUGUGGGGCACUGUUUGUGAUGAUAGCUGGGGCAUUGAAGAAGCCAGAGUUGUAUGCCAGCAGCUGGGCUGUGGAGCUGCAAGAUCGGCCCCACUUGGAGCAGAAUUUGGACGAGGAACUGGGAGAAUCUGGCUGGAUGAUGUCCAAUGCACAGGGAGUGAAACAGCCCUCAGCCAAUGCCCAGCUAAGCCUUGGGGAGAACAUAACUGCAAUCAUGGAGAAGAUGCCAGUGUUGUCUGCUCAGAUACUGCAGACUCAGGCCCAGUUGAGGUCAGGUUGGUAAAUGGUUCCAGUACUUGUAAUGGGAGAGUUGAAUUGCUCCAUAACAAUCUGUGGGGCACUGUUUGUGAUGAUAGCUGGGGCAUGGAGGAAGCCAGAGUUGUAUGCCGGCAGCUGGGCUGUGGAAGUGCAAUCUCAGCCCAAAGUGAAGCACGCUUUGGAAGAGGAAGUGGGAGAAUCUGGCUGGAUGAAGUCCAAUGCACAGGGAGUGAAUUCUCCCUCAGUCUAUGCCCAGCAAGGCCUUGGGGUGAAAAUGACUGCAGUCAUGGAGAAGAUGCUGGUGUUGUCUGCUCAGAAACUGCAGGGUCUCGCACAGUUGAGAUCAGGCUGGUGAACGGUUCAAGUCACUGCAAUGGAAGAGUUGAAUUGCUCCAUAAAGGCCAGUGGGGCACCAUUUGUGAUGACAGAUGGGACAUCAAGGAAGCCAGAGUUGUGUGCCAGCAGCUGGGCUGCGGAGCUGCAAGAGCAGCCCCAGGAGGAGCACAAUUUGGAAGAGGAAGUGGGAGAAUCUGGCUGGAUGAAGUCCAAUGCACAGGAACAGAAUCAGCCCUCAGUCAAUGUCCAGCAAGGCCUUGGGGAGUGCAUAACUGCAACCAUGGAGAAGAUGCUGGUGUUGUCUGCUCAGAAACUGCAAGAUUAAGCACAGUUGAGAUCAGACUGGUGAACGGUUCAAGUCACUGCAAUGGAAGAGUUGAAUUGGUCCACAAUGGCCAGUGGGGCACUGUCUGUGAUGAUGGCUGGGACAUCAGAGAAGCCAGAGUUGUGUGCCAACAGCUAGGCUGUGGAAGUGCAAUAUCAGCCCCACUUGGAGCACAGUUUGGAAGAGGAACUGGGAGAAUCUGGCUGGAUGAUGUCCAAUGCACAGGAACAGAAUCAGCCCUCAAUCGAUGCCCAGCAAAGCCUUGGGGAGAGCAUAACUGCAACCAUGGAGAAGAUGCUGGUGUUGUCUGCUCAGAUACUGCUGACUCAGGCCCAGUUGAGGUCAGGUUGGUGAAUGGUUCUGGUCCCUGCAGUGGGAGAGUUGAAUUGCUCCACAACAAUCUGUGGGGCACUGUUUGUGACGAUAAUUGGGGCAUAGAGGAAGCCAGAGUUGUGUGUCAGCAGUUGGGCUGUGGAAACGCAACCUCAGCCCAAGGGGAAGCACACUUUGGAAGAGGAAGUGGGAGAAUCUGGCUGGAUGAAGUCCAAUGCAAAGGGCGUGAAUCAGCCCUCAGUCUAUGCCCAGCAAGGCCUUGGGGAGAAAAUGACUGCCAUCAUGGAGAAGAUGCUGGUGUUGUCUGCUCAGGCUCAGAAACUGCAGGGUCACGCACAGUUGAGAUCAGGCUGGUGAACGGUUCAAGUCACUGCAAUGGAAGAGUUGAAUUGCUCCAUAAAGGCCAGUGGGGCACCAUUUGUGAUGACAGAUGGGACAUUAAGGAAGCCAGAGUUGUGUGUCAGCAACUGGGCUGCGGAGCUGCAAGAGCAGCCCCAAGUGGAGCACAAUUUGGAAGAGGAAGUGGGAGAAUCUGGCUGGAUGAAGUCCAAUGCACAGGAACAGAAUCAGCCCUCAGUCAGUGUCCAGCAAGGCCUUGGGGAGAGCAUAACUGCAACCAUGGAGAAGAUGCUGGUGUUGUAUGCUCAGAAACUGCAGGGUCAGGCACAGCUGAGAUCAGGCUUGUAAAUGGUUCAUCUCACUGCAAUGGAAGAGUUGAAUUGUUCCGUAAUGGCCAGUGGGGCACCGUUUGUGAUGAUGGUUGGGACAUCAGGGAUGCCAGAGUUGUUUGCCAGCAGCUGAGCUGUGGAAGUGUAAUAUCAGCCCCAGUUGGAGCACAAUUUGGAAGAGGAACUGGGAGAAUCUGGCUGGAUGAUGUCCAAUGUACAGGGACAGAAUCAGCCCUAAGUCUCUGCCCAGCAAGGCCUUGGGGAGUGCAUAACUGCGACCAUGGAGAAGAUGCGGGUGUUGUCUGCUCAGAUACUUCAGACUCAGGCCUGGUUGUGGUCCAAUUGGUGAAUGGUUCCAGUCCCUGCAGUGGGAGAGUGGAAUUGCUCCAUAACAAUGUGUGGGGCACCGUUUGUGAUGAUAGCUGGGGCAUGGAGGAAGCCAGAGUUGUAUGCUGGCAGCUGGGCUGUGGAAGUGCAAUUGCAGUCCAAAGGGAAGCACACUUUGGAAGAGGAAGUGGGAGAAUCUGGCUGGAUGAAGUCCAAUGCACAGGGACAGAAUCAGCCCUCAGUCUAUGCCCAGCAAGGCCAUGGGGAGAAAAUGACUGCCAUCAUGGAGAAGAUGCUGGUGUUGUCUGCUCAGGCCCUCCUAUAAGUGUGAAUGCCUCAACUAGUGAGGAAGGAUGGUUACAGCCCUCCUCAGAACAGCCUACUUCAGGCCCUCCUAUAAGUGUGAAUGCCUCAACUAGUGAGGAAGGAUGGUUACAGCCCUCCUCAGAACAGCCUACUUCAGCCCUGCCUACAGAGGAAUCCUCCACUCUACAGGACACUACCAAACCCUUCACUUCAGUUCCACCUACAAAUCUGAAAGCCUCACCUAGUAGGGAAGGAUGGCUAGAGCCCUCCGCAGAACAGCCUGCUUCAGAUUUUUCUCCCUGGUUGCAUGCUUUCUGGGUGUUGCUUGCAGUAGUACUUCUAGCUCUGGGAGUCAUUAUAUGGUACUUCAGACCUAAAGGAAGCAGGGUAUAUGAACUCUACAUGGAGCCAACAAAAAUGGAAGAAGAUGAAGUAUAAUUUCCAGUUGCCUAACUUCAAUAGCCAUGAACUAUUUCAUACCAUGUGCUUCUCACUAUCCUGAAAGACAUCUUCAUUUCUGUUAGAGACAAAAUUCUGCACGGCGACUCUAUGGAUGUGAAGCUGAACAAAGCAAUGAAUUGUUACACCGAAAAAACUGAGGUUGUUUUGCAGCAACAUCUCUGACAAAUGAAUCCAACAUUUUGAAACAGUAUGAUGCAAAUUCCAUAUGCUAGAUUCUGUAUAAAGUCCCUGAGAAAGAAGGAAUUUGGGCCCACAGAUCCAAGAGCUACGAAAAGUCUACCAUCUGCAGCUAGUUCAAUUAGAGUGUCAUAGCCUUUGAAAUAAUAUAAUUGUUUA